UGAAAUGAAGAAAGAAGGAGUUAACUUUAUUCCCCUCAAAAAAAAGAAUAUCCUACUGAAACCCCCUACACCCUACAACCCAAUAGGAUUAACUGAUCGACUUCAAAAACUAGCAGCAGGGUCAGUUAGAAGCAAGAACAAGAAAAACAACAAGAAGAACAACAAGAAGAACAACAACAAGAACAAGAUGAAGAACGAGAACAUAAAUACUAGGGAAACACAUCUCUCGCAGACAAGGAGAAAUAAUGGAAUCCAGAAUGAACCUUAUUUCCCCCGUCCAGCAAAUAUCCCCUACAACCUAAACCUAGCAGUGUCUCUCCUUGUCAGGGACUAUUACUCAAGGCUGUAA